CCAACCCCAAACUCAUAUCCUCUCCUCCCACUCCGACAGCGUUCCAGAUCCAACCCACCACCGACCCCGCCGACCCUACGAUCUCCCUCUGGCUCAUAGCAUCCGACCGCUAAACCCUUCCAUGAUGAUCUGAACCCAAAGUGCAGGGCAACCCGGGGAAAGGUAACCAGAGAGAGGAAAUCAGCCGGAGCGGCGUGUCCGAUGAACUGAGCAACGACAGCAGGAGCGAUCCGAAGAACAACAUGAGUGGAGGUAGCAGUAGUGGAAAUCCUCCCAAAUACACAGCUUCAAAACUGCCGAGAAUUGAAAUGGCAGAUCUACGACCGGAGAAGAGAGGGCGUUGCGCAAUGCGACGAACACGAAGAGAGUGGGGGAUGGGGGGCGACUGGGAGAUGCAUCGGUCGUUUGACGAUGUCGACGUGUAUUGA